UAUAGCAAAAAAGAAGAGCAUAAUACCAUUAUUGAAGAAACAAAUAACAAAUCAUAUAAACCUAAAUUCGAUGACCCAAUCCUAGACUUAAUCGAUAGUUAUUUUGAUAAAGAAUUUGUAGAUCAAAAGCAUAAAGUUGAAAGAGAUAA